UUAGCCACAUUACAACUGCAACGACGAAAGUGCUAGAAAAUGUUUGCAAGGGCCACAGCAAAGUGUGUGGAGGAAAAGGACCGUAGUCCUCAACGACGGGAAGAUCUUUGGCUGCAGCCUUAUGUUGUGUUGCACAGAGUAGACCUCAGUGAAGCGAUUCGUCCUGAACAGCAGGAGCAAGAGCGCAUUCGCAUUAAAAAGGAAGAUGUGGGCAAAGAGGUCCACCACUUGAAUGAACAAAUGGAGCAGACAUUUCUUUGCGCUAUAAAAGAGGAGGAAGAGCCAGAGCUGCCUUGUAUUAAAGAGGAGAGAGAAGACUCCUGCAACAUUAAAGAGGAGGGAGAAGACUCCUAUGACAUUAAAAAGGAGGAACAAGAAGAGGAGAUUUGCAAGGUGCCAUUGACUGGUGUACCUGUGACGAGUUUAGAUGAGGGUCAACAUGAAAUGAGCAAAGUGGCGGAGCCUCCAAACUGCAGUUCAAGUCAACAAAUGACCAGAGAAGGUAAUGGAGACCACUGUGGCGGAUCACAACCAGCUCCAGCAUCAGAGGGUCAUGACGUGUUGUCACAUAUUCCUGUUGAUGCUGCUGCUGAUGAGUCUCAAAACAAACACAGCCAAUGUUCUCAGUAUGGGAAAUGUGCUAAUAACAGUGUUUUGAAGCAACACAUGAGAAUAGACACAAGAAAGAAAAGGUUUUCCUCAGAUUGUUGCCAAAAAUUGUCUCAGACGGGACAUUUAAAAACACACACAAGAAUCCACACUGGUGAGAAACCUUUUUCAUGCUCAGUUUGUGGCAAAAGAUUUUAUCGAAAGGGAACUCUAACAAUUCAUACAAGAACCCACACUGGUGAGACACCACAUACAUGCUCAUUUUGUGGCCAAAGAUUCUCUCAGAGGGGACAUUUAAAAACUCACACAAGAAUCCACACCGGUGAGAAACCUUUUUCAUGCUCAGUUUGUGGCCAAAAAUUCUCUCAGAAGAGAGAUUUAAACACGCACACAAGCCACACUGGUGAGAAGCCUUUUUCAUGCUCAGUUUGUGGCAAAAGAUUUUAUCGGAAGGGAACUCUAACAGUUCAUACAAGAACCCACACUGGUGAGAAACCAAAUACAUGCUCAGUUUGUGGCCAAAGAUUCUCUCACAGCGGAAAUUUAAAAGCUCACACAAGAAUCCACACCGGUGAGAAACCUUUUUCCUGCUCAGUUUGUGGCAAAGCAUUCUCUCAGGGGGGACAUUUAAAAAUUCAUACAAGAAUGCACACUGGUGACAAGCCUUUUUCAUGCUCAGUUUGUGGCCAAAGAUUCUCUCACAGGGGACAUUUAAAUAAGCACACAAGAACCCACACUGGUGAGAAACCUUAUUCAUGCUCAGUUUGUGGCAAAAAAUUCUCUCAGGGGGGAUAUUUAAAAACUCAUACAAGAAUCCACACUGGUGAGAAACCUUUUUCAUGUACAGUUUGUGGCAAAACAUUUUCUGCGAAGGGAAAUCUAACAAUUCAUACAAGAACCCACACUGGUGAGAAACCCUUUUCAUGCUCAGUUUGUGGCAAAAAAUUCACUCUGAACGUAAACUUGAAACGUCAUUCAAGAAUCCACCCCCUGUUGCCUGCUCAGUCACCUGCCAAAGAGUCUAUUGAGAAUUCCGAAUGUGUUGGCGAGAUGAGAUAUGAUCCGUGAAGUUUUCACCAUCUAUUUGAGCGGACUUCAUGAGUUUUUGCAUCAAUGAUAAUUCUAUUCUAUGUACCUUUUGAUUGGGAUGCUGAGGUCCUUUCCUUCACCACUGUUCUGAUUUUGGUUGUAAUGAUUUUGAAAAUAAAGUUAACCACCCUCAGGAUGAUAA